AUGUUCUGUGAAACUUGUACGGAUUUUCUUCGAACAAUAACGGAUGCUCAUGCGAAAGGUAAACCCGCAUUCGGACAAUUUGUGGGAUCAUUCGAACACCAUGCUACUUAUAAUGCCUUCAAGAGGGCGCUUGAUAAAGGCUGUGCUCUAUGCAAGAAAAUUUGGGCACAGAUAGGUGAAGAAGCUCUUAAUAUCGUUGAUGAUGAACUUGCAGCUUUCGAUUUGAAGUUCCGGUGGUAUUUAUACGUGCCAUGGGGUGAUAAAUCAAAUAUAGAAAUCUGGAUUUCCUCUGCCCCUGACAAUGUAUUCCGACGGAAUUGCAAUAUUUUUCUUACAAAGAUUGAUCCUUCUAAAGAUCGACUAUUGCUACCUGAUUACUACGAAACUACCAAUACAGGCUCCGAUGCUUGCUUUGUAAUUGCUAAUCAUUGGCUAAAGACAUGUCUGAGUUCGCAUCGAAGAUGUGAACAUCUUCGUCCCCCUUCGUUGAAAGAAUGGACACCGAGUCGCUUGAUUCGCAUCAAAGGUAUCAAUGAUUUGGUCUUGUGUUUGCGAAAGAUGGGGAAUAUUCCCAUAGAAGUAGAUUACGCCACAUUAUCUCACUGUUGGGGCAACAUUCCAGAGACCCAGAGAUUAGUCUUGACAAGUGAGAAUAUCAGUACAUGGACACGAGGAAUACCUAGCCUUAAAUCCAUGAAGACGUUUGAUCACGCAGUUAUCAUUUGUCAAAAGCUUGGGCUGGAAUAUAUAUGGAUCGAUUCUCUGUGCAUUUUGCAAAACUGUCAGGAUGAUUGGCGCCAGGAGGCAUCACUCAUGAGCACGGUAUAUAAAUAUUCCAAGUGCACUAUCACCGCCACAGCCGCAAUCGAUGACACUGCGGGAUGCUUCUUUGAUCGUGAUCUGGACAUCUGUCUGCCCACCAGAGUAGAAUUUCCUCAGAAUCAGAUAUGCUUUCCUAGCGCUAGCAAACAAUCAAUACCCAACUCCAACCUUUUGCCAGAAGAUUCUAGGCCUAAAGCUCUAUAA